CGCAAGUUGAAGCGCGAGGUUUCCAAGCGGGCUUCGGGGACGCGGGCCUCGGCGCUGCAGACUUUCUCAGGGCGCCUGGGUCGCGGCAGGCGCGGAGUCCCGCGCGCAGCAGCUGUUCCGCCGGCCCCGCCUCGGACCCCAGCCCUGCACCAAGCGCGACAGCGCCCGCGACCCAACUGCCCCGAGUGCCGGGCGCCUGGGGAGGGGCCGCCGCUGCCCCCUCCGCCCCGGGAACCAGCGCCAAGCAGCCGCCGCCUCCCCGGAAUCCAGAGGCCGAGCCGGAGGCGGCGGGGCCACAGUGUGGCCCCGGAUCCCCGCAGAGCCCGCCCGAGGGCGCAGCCGGCCAAGCCAGGCGAGGCGGCCGGGCGGCUGGGAACGGCGGGGGCGGAGCACAGCCUCCCGACGCCGCCGCCUCGCCGCCCCCCUCCGCCUCCUCGUCCUCCGCUCGCAGCCGCCGCCUCCGCCGGGCUGAGGAGCCGGGAGUCCGCGGCGCCGGCUCGGGGCUGCGGGAUGGGGAGUUAGCGCCACGGCGGCGGCAGUGGCCGCAGCGCACCCCGCCGCCGCCCAGGAGCCCGUCCAGGCAGGGGUGCCGGGAGCGCCCAGCCCGCCCCGGAGCCAGGCCCGCGGGCGGCGGCGGAGCUGGGCAGGUGGAUGCGGCUGGAAGAUGGCGCCCUCGGGCCCGGGCAGCAGCGCCAGGCGGCGGUGCCGGCGGGUGCUGUACUGGAUCCCGGUGGUGUUCAUCACCCUCCUGCUCGGCUGGUCCUACUACGCCUACGCCAUCCAGCUGUGCAUCGUGUCCAUGGAAAACACUGGUGAACAAGUUGUGUGCCUGAUGGCCUAUCAUCUACUUUUUGGAAUGUUUGUCUGGUCAUACUGGAAAACUAUCUUUACAUUACCAAUGAAUCCUUCAAAAGAAUUCCAUCUCUCUUAUGCAGAGAAAGAAUUGUUGGAGAGAGAGCCAAGAGGAGAAGCCCAUCAGGAAGUUCUUAGGCGAGCAGCCAAGGAUCUUCCCAUCUAUACCAGGACCAUGUCUGGAGCCAUCCGAUACUGUGACAGAUGCCAACUUAUAAAACCAGAUCGCUGCCAUCACUGCUCCGUCUGUGAUAAAUGUAUUUUGAAGAUGGAUCAUCAUUGCCCAUGGGUGAACAAUUGUGUUGGAUUUUCAAAUUAUAAGUUCUUUCUCCUUUUCUUGGCUUAUUCUCUGCUCUACUGCCUUUUUAUUGCGGCAACAGACUUACAGUAUUUUAUCAAAUUUUGGACAAAUGGCCUACCUGAUACUCAAGCCAAGUUCCAUAUUAUGUUUUUAUUCUUUGCUGCAGCUAUGUUUUCUGUCAGCUUGUCUUCUCUGUUUGGCUAUCAUUGUUGGCUAGUCAGCAAAAAUAAAUCUACAUUAGAGGCAUUCAGAAGUCCAGUAUUUCGACAUGGAACAGAUAAGAAUGGAUUCAGCUUGGGUUUCAGUAAAAACAUGCGACAAGUUUUUGGUGAUGAGAAGAAGUACUGGUUGCUACCCAUUUUUUCAAGUCUAGGUGAUGGCUGCUCCUUUCCAACUUGCCUUGUUAACCAGGAUCCUGAACAACCAUCUACUCCCGCAGGGCUGAGUUCCACAGCUAAAAAUCCCGAGAACCAUCAGUUUCCUGCAAAGCCAUUGAGAGAGUCCCAGAGCCACCUUCUUACUGAUUCUCAGUCUUGGACGGAGAUCAGCACAAACCCAGGAAAAUGCAAAGCAGGUAUGAGCAAUCCUGCAUUAACCAUGGAGAAUGAGACUUAACUCUUCAAGCAAGAUAAAUUCACAAUUUACAAAAGUAUCAAUGCUGUAGAUGAUGGAAGAGGCUUCCCACAGGAAGGUGCCACUGGUCAGUUGUGCCUAUAUCCCUUUGGCUGGAAAUGCAGAAUAUGAAUUGAUCAGUUAUCUCCAAGCCAUUGCUUAAAAUAUAACAUGUUUUGGACCCAAUACACACAUUGUUACAACUAAUACAAAUUCCUAUUAAAUAUUAAAAGUAGUUCUGGUUUAUUAAUCAACAGGGAAAACAUCUUCUCUGAAAAACUUGGAAUAAAUUCGAGGACCAGCUUUUACCCAAAUACAUGGGUAGCACAGUUUAUCACGUAGAAAGUCCAUUAAUGAUCUGAUCUUCUGAAUCUGAAAAUGGAGACUAUUAAGAUAUUAAGAUUUCAGAGAUUUCAAGUCACAUUAUAAUGAUAAGCGUUAUUCAUAAAACUUGUUACCUUUAAGAAGGUGGAAGUGGCAAAGCAUACUUGUUUUUGUUCCUCUGGUGUGAAUCCAGCCUCAGACUGAGUGAACUGUGAUAAUUAUGAAAAUUCAUUACAGAGUCCAGGUGGCCUGCAGUUGAAGAUCUUCAGCCAUUUUUGCCUCAGUUAAAUCCAGCCCUUGUUCUCUGCUGGAAAAUGUGUGGACAUUGAAGCUUGAGCUCCCUCUUAAAGCAGUUGGCUGGAAUAGUUUUGUCCGAAUACAGUACAUUUCUAUUACAUCAGAAAUAUAUUUUCAUCUCUUCUAAUCUUCUUAAGUUGGGAAAUUUAUGAUAGCAAUUAUGAAGAUUGUUUUAUGACAUUCUUUUGUUUGGCUUUUUAAAAAUCUCUUUUUAGAUUAUUUCUCCUGUUGAACAUAGUAAAAAUAUUGAAUUUCUCUUAAGAAUUCCUAAUAGGUCAACAGAUUUAUCCUCCAGUGAUAUCUGUAUUAUUUGUUUCUCAUCUCAUCAAAAUUAUGACAGGUAAACUAUAUUUUUCCUUAAACACCUAUUAAGAUUAAAUUAUGCAAAUCAUCAAAAAUCAUAAAACUUUUGGAAAGUUAGUUCAACAUGAACUAAAAUGGAUGCUGUUUGGAAAUUUAGUUUGAGAUAAACUAAAAUGGUGUGUUUGUUGAUGCCAGAAUGUUCAGCUUCAGUCAAUAUGAUAAGCUCUUGUGCCUUGUAUGCACUAUUUAAAAAAAGUUUUCUUGAGUCCAGUAUAAUUUAUGUAAAUGUUAACAAUUAGAAUAAUACUCUGUAUGUUUUUUUUUGGUACUGAUUUUGAGAAUUUAAAGCAGAUUACCUUUUAAAACUGGACCAACUAAUUGGUAUUUAAUCCAAGAGAAUAUGGUGAUAAACUUUUCAAAAUCUUUGUUAAACCAAACAUUCAACACAAAAUAAACUAGAAGGCCAGAGGAUAAUGGAAUAAAGGAUCAUUGCAAUUACUUAUCCUUCCUAAAAGUAUAGUUUUAUAUUAAUUGUGCUUAUGGAGGAAACAAUGUCAGCCAAGUCCAUUUUAUAGUCAGAGUGCAAUUCUUUGAACAACAGAAAAAUCUGCAGUCUUUUAGAGAUUUGUUUUAAGCUAACGAGUUUCAUCUGACAAUCUGCUUCAAGAAAUCUUAGAAAAUAUGAUAACAUUUUAACUUUCAUUUUAGAGCACGUUUUGGUCAUUUAAAAAAAUACCUGAAGUGCCAGACUGGAACGUAUAGCUACUGCUAGAAGUCUUAAAACCAACAGCAGCACAGGAUGAAUUAAGAAUUAUAUGAAGUCAGGUUUUUUUUCCCAAAGCACAGUACUAUUAGCUGUUUUGGUGGACAGGAUUCGAUUAAGUAUUCCCUCUUGUCAAACUGGAAGCUAGGGGAAAAAGAGGGAUUUUUAUCCUUUACUCUGCUAGAGUACUGUUACGCCCCUUCCCCCAGUCUUUUAUACAAUUAAAUAUAUGUCAAUGCACAUUAGAAUCAGAUUUGAAAAAGUUAAAACAAUUUCAUUGUUGUAAUUGUUCCCUUUCUGUUUUCAUACAGUGAAUAACCUUUAAAGGGUUGUUUUGUUUUGUUUUGAAUUAUAGGAGUUAUAAUUUUUGGAGAUGAUUGCAUAUCUUAUUAGAUAUGCAAUACAAAUUUACCUGAGUGAACAAAGUGCUUAAUAAAUAGAUCUACAUUUUGUACAUAUUUAUAUAAAAUUUACCUUUAAGUAUUUGCUUUAAAAAAUUUAAUGGCUUAACUCGAACUUGAAGACACGUACUUCAACUGUCCUUAUUGUCCAUUAAACUGAUAAUUUUGAUUUUUCUUGUUUUUAUAGAUUUUACUAUAUAGGAAUCAAGAUUUAAGAAAUUUUGCAUUAAAAAUAGUGUACCAAUGUUUCAUAUACAUUAGUUAUUUGCUAUUAUGUAGGGAAGAGGAUUGUUAUUUCAAAGAUGUAUUAAAGAACUGUUGCAUCUGAAUACAAUCAUGAUGCAUUCAAGGAAGUUCAUAUCCGUGAAUUCACUCCUAAUAUACCCUACUAAAGUGGUUGA